CAUUUUAUGCAUUUAAACUUUUAUUACCUUUUCGAACUAAUCCAUUAAACAGUUGCGAUUUGAGAAACGUGCACUAAUAUUUUCAGUUCCAUUCUUUUGCGUGUUAAGGACACGCCCACAAAGUGGAAGCAAAUCUUCCAGGAACUGAAUAUAUUGUAACACACACACACAGAUUUGACUCAAAACUGCUGAUUCAGUUAUCGGAUUCUUUCUUCAACAAGAUCAAUCAGAAAGUCAUUUUCAUCUUAUUUACUGAGUCGAUCGCUGAGGAUUUAUAAAAGCAAGUGUCAGGAUGGUGAACUGCUGUGGUCUCGUGUCUGAGAAAAACCAGCCAGUUCCUCUGAAGAGCAUCUCAGUGGAGCUGCAGGUCCAGGAUCACGUGGUCUCCGUCAGCUCCAGUCUGCAGUAUGUCAAUGAGGAGGAGCAUCCGCUGGAGGCAUUGUUCGUCUUCCCGCUGCCCGCCGAUGCCGCUGUCUGCCACUUCAGUGCCAAGAUCGGAGAGCAGGAGUUUGUGGCGGAGCUGCAGGACAAACAGACUUCAGCGGCUGGUGUUUCAGAAGUUUCCUCAGCAUGUGUUAUUCCCUACACACUGUCUCUGAGUGUGGAAGUGAGAUCUUCAGACCGCAUCUCCAGACUGGAGUCCAGCUGCUCUUUGGAUCCUCUGGUGUUCCUCGAUGCACAACACACUCACGCCACGGUGAAUCUGAGUACUGGUCACCGGUUCAAUAAGGACGUUGAGCUGCUUCUGUACUACGAGAAUACCCAUCAGCCCACUGCUGUCGUGGAGGCUGGAGCGGCCGCAGCUCAGCCAGGGUCUCUGAUGGGCGACCCGGUGCUCAUGAUCAGUUUAUACCCAGAGUUCCCUGCAGACGUGAUGUCAUCAUUGGCAUCUCGAGGCGAGUUCGUUUUUGUGGUUGACAGAUCCGGCAGUAUGGACCGCAUGAUGCAUCAUGGGAAAGAUGCACAGAUGCGCAUCCAAAGUGCAAGAGACACGUUGCUGCUGCUUCUGAAGAGUCUUCCUAUGGGAUGCUACUUCAACAUCUAUGGAUUCGGCUCUGGCUUUGAGUCCUUCUUCCCUCAGAGUGUUGUGUACAGUGAGGACACGAUGGAAGAGGCUCUAAAUAGAGUGAGGAACAUGAAGGCAGACAUGGGUGGCACUAAGAUCCUUCAGCCUCUGAAACACAUCUACAGUCAGCCCUGUUACCCAGAUCACCCCCGACAGCUGUUCAUCUUCACUGAUGGAGAGGUGUGGAACACUAAAGAGGUGCUGGACCUGGUGAAAAGUCACGUUAACUCUCACAGGUGUUUCUCCUUCGGGAUCGGUGAGGGUGCGAGUACGGCUCUCAUCACAGGAAUGGCCAGAGAAGGUUCUGGUCAUGCUCAGUUCAUCACAGGCACUGACCGCAUGCAGCCCAAAGUGAUGCAGUCGCUCAGGUUUGCUCUCCAACCGGCCGUGGAUAGUAUCUCUGUGGAUUGGUCUGUUCCUGAGGGCGUUACGGUGGACAUGCUGUCCCCACCCAUCAAUACACUGUUCCAGGCUCAGAGGGCACUCAUCUACGCUCAGCUGAAAGGACAGAGUUCAGGAACGGCAAAAGGAGCAGUAACUUUGAAAUACAAGCUGAAAGAUCAACCAGUGACUAACCAGCUCCAGUUUGCUCUUAAACCAAUCGAAGACACAGGACGGACGAUUCACCGGCUGGCGGCCCGGUCUGUGAUCCGUUCUCUGGAGCUGGAAAUGCAGGCUGGGAGAGCAGAAGCGGAGGCCGUCCGGAGCAGGAUCGUGGAGCUCAGUGUUCAGGCAGGAGUGAGCAGCGUUCAUACAGCCUUCAUUGGCGUCAAUAAAGACGGUAAACGGACCAUCACAGGGCCGCUGCUGCAGAGGAGAGUGCCAGUACGGAUUAUGGCCCGAAGGUCUGGAGGGGGUGGUGGCAGGGGCGGUCGCAGUGGCGGUGGAGGUAUGAGAAUACGCGCAAUGCCGGGUCCCAUGAUGCCUUGCUCUGGAAUGCCAAUGGCGGCUCCCAUGAUGCCUCGAAUGCUUAAGAAAGGAGCGGCUCCCAAGAUGUCUCGUUCUGGUGCGCGUAGUAUUAGUACACAGCCAACAGACUGCAGAAUGAUGGUUGAAUGUGAUUCUGUGUCACAUCUGGCAGAACCUGAGCCCCAGACGGACCCUCUGCUCCAGCUGGUCUCUCUUCAGAAGGCCUCGGGAUGCUGGGAACUGAACGCCUCACUUGCUACCGUGUUUGGGAAGACAGAGAGUGAGGUGGCCAAUCACAGACCAGCACAGGUGGACGUGUCAGUGUGGGUCACCGUUCUGGCUCUGAUCUGGUUAUAUGCAUGUAGAUCAGAUGACCAGGUUGAGUGGCAGUUUGUGGCCAUGAAGGCAGCAUUAUGGAUCCGCUCUCAGAAACCGGAGGGCCUGUCUCAGUGUGUGUGCGACGGGAACGUCCUGUUGGGAGGUCAUGUGACUGAAAACAUGUUGGCAAUCUGAAGACUGAAGAAUCUUGUGCUGUCAGAAAUCAAAUAUAGUAUGUUUUAAAGAAUAAAACUGACAGAUUUGUA